CUAUCAAUUCGGCUGUCAUAUUAAUGGAUCAGAAAAUCAAUACACCUGUAGCUGAUAUCGCCUCGUGGAGUACACGAACUACUUAAAUAUGUGAUAGGAAUAUUGUUAUGGCAUUAGCGCUGGCAUUAUCGAGUAUUUAGUAUUCAGUUAACCAUUGGCGCUCGCGACUAAAACUAGUUCGAAUAGCUUGCUCAUGAAACACUAUACAAAUAAAACGUAUACCUUUCUAUUCGAGUCGCCAUAUAGCCCCAAUAUUUGGCUAAAUACUACAGGAAACAAUCUCAGCUCGAUCCAUCAAGUUCUCUGUUAUGCUUAUGCUGGGGCUCUGUCAAUCGAAAACCUUGAUCAUAUUCUACCUAUUCCAUGUCUGGGCUAACUUCUCGACACUUGCCCAGGAAAUUCACUAUAUUCAGCAGCCGCAAUCGAAAAAUGGUAAUUUAUAUAUACAUCACACAAUCAACAAGUACAAGGAAGUUUUACAAAAUAUCAGUUUUUUUCUGGAUCAUUCGGAGAUCAUAGAUUAUUUGCCGCCAAGAUGCAUCCAAGUUCAGUGCAGACUUAUUUGCUCCAGCGGGCGGCAGGAAGAUAUUGCGGAUGAUAUAUCGGAAGCUUUAUCGAAUUCAAAUAAUAACCUUUCGUGUGAUAUCAUUGACGAGUUGUAUCUGUACAACUAUGAAUUUGUUAAUGAUUUAUUGCCAGUCGGAUUCUUGUCCACAUACACUAACAAGAUCAAAAUGAUAUAUUUGGGCAUCUCAAAUAUAAAAUACAUUCAGAGCGGAGCCUUCGGUGGUGGCAUAUUCUAUCAUAUCAUGCUCGAGGAACUUCAACUGGAGCAAUUAAAUAAGGAAGUUUUGACCAACAUCUCAUCAGAUCUGAAGGAAAUUACAAUCAUUCAACAUAAUGGGAAUUUGGAUAGUAUAUAUCCCGAUUUCUUGGACAAUGUGGUAUUCCAAAUUGAGUACCUUACGCUGGAGGUUGGCAUCGAUUGUAUACACAAUGUAACAGGCAUUGGACACAAUCUAGGUGCCCUCGUCCAUGCAGACUUCAGCCACAACAACUUUGCCGAUAAACUACUUGAAGACACGUUCAAGAAACUAACCAUGGUCGAGCGACUCAUUCUGUCCCACUCGAAUAUCCUGUAUUUGCCCAGCUAUAUAUUUCAAGGCAUGAAAUACUUGCAAUUAUUGGACAUAUCACACAAUAAACUUAUUACAAUAUCAAAAACAAUAUUCGGUAUACAAAAGAUUUCGACUAAUUUAAAAAUUUACGCUAACAACAAUAACUGGCACUGCGAUUGCCAACUGAAGCAGGAAAUGGACGAGAUCUUUGUUCAUCAAAACUACAAAUAUGAUAUAAUUUGUGCCUCGCCAGAUAAGUUUGUAAACUAUACGGUAUUCGAUGAACGUAUAUGUGAAGAUGAUUCUGGUAAUACCGCACCUCCGCCAAUGAUUACAACAACGACGACCACGAGACCAACAACAACAACAACUUUAUUGUGGACAACUACUUCUACUAAAACUACCAGGACGACGACUACGACAAGUACUAAGACAAUGACAGAGGCGAAUUCCAAGUCGACAACUUUGAGGACUACUCCUACUCCAACCACAACAACCGAGUACAACUUCCUGCCAUCAAUCUCAACAGCCUCAACUAUUAAUCCCAGCGAGCUCGUGCCCAUGAAGUGUUCGGCUAGCACGAAUAAUGUCAAAUGGCCGCAAAUAGACUUCAUUCCCACAUACUUUGGCGGAGUCACUGUGAAAAUUACCGUGGAGCAGAGCGACAGUCAGAGCUCUGUUGGUGCCUUUUGGUUCUCGAAGACAACGAAGGAAUACUACAUGAUGGAGAUGCUGCCAGAUGAGUUCGGUCUGGGCUGCUAUUUCACCAUUCCUAUGCAAACGAUUGUCACAAACCUCGCACCAAAUGCAGCGUACACCUUCUGCCUGGUCGUGGAUGGCCACAACACCGUCUCGCCUUUCAGCUGCAAGUCCGUGAAGGUUGGAAGCAAUCUGAAUACAUACUAUAAUUCCUGGUCGCCAAAAAGGAUGCUGGCCAAGGGUAUUUCUUUAAUGGUGCUCGGCGUCGUUGUUUUCAUGUUAAUUGGCAUUAUGUCCAUGUAUUUGGUGUUGAAGAAGAAACCAGGUUGGCUAAAGGGCAGCAAACGCAUCGUCAAGCCCAAACAUAACUCGGACGAAAUAAUCGUCUUACCCCGCUCAAAAGCAGCUCAGAAAUUCCAUUAUAAGGAAAAGUCUAUGACACAAUGCAGCCAACAUAGGCUCUGCUCAUUUUUACCGCGGCGCAACUCAAUGGAGAGCGUGGCCAGCAGCGACAGCUAUAUAAAUCAAAAUGUUUACGAAGUUAUUCCGACAUAUAUAACAUUUGAUAAAAUACCGCAAGUCGAUGCACCCGCCCAGCCCUCACCACAAGUAUUCAACAAUUACGAGAGUUGCUCAGCCCUGCCUCAUAGAGAGAGUGUGAGAUAUGCGCAGAUUUCGCCGCGAACAAAGCGCAUUUCCAGUGAUCCAUUGCCCUCGCUUCCCAUUGAAUUAUGAUGGGCCCGAAAGCUCUUGUGACAAUAUCUAUAUGCUAGACAAGUAUACCUUGCAAAUAAUAAAAUCUACCUUACCGGGAUAUACAUAUAAUAUAUGAAAACAAUUUGUCUUUGUCUACAAAUUAUCUAAAAGACGCUCUGCUUGACAUUUGCCUGAUCUAAAGGAGAUGUUAUCUAGUUAAUACGAAAGAUUCUAGCCUUUCACAUGCUCAACUCCGCUCGCUCAGCACAGUUCUAUAUACAUACCAUUGCGACAAUUCUAUAUUGAUAGAAAUACACUGGCUAAAAAUGCUUCGAAAUUAUAUGUAUGUAUAUAAUAAAAAUAUAAUCUCAAAUGUUAAGCUACAUACAUAUGUACAUAUACAGAGAUCCAAAAAUAAGCCACAAAUAAGGAUACAGCAUCAUUUCAAAAUAAAAUCAGUUCCUGAAAUUUUUCCAAUUUAAUGUUUUUUUUUUUUUUUUUUUUUUUUUUUUUUUUUUCAUAAUCAUAAAAAUUUCGAAUUGUUUACCUUGCUAAUUUGUUUAAUCUAUAGUUUUUUCGUGUAUACAGUACAACAUAUAUACGCUAAUCGAA